GCCUCGCUCAGGCGUCUGCGUCAGCCGUAAGACGACACGCUAAUGCGCUUGCGCAGUUGUGGCCCUUCUUCACCACCCCCCCACCCCCACUUUUGCGCCUAUCUUUCGCUUUUAGUUGUCCGCGCUGAUCGCCUGCUACUAAUUUCUGAGGUAAUGGAGGUAAAUGGAAAGGCCUGAACGGCUCUGAACCUCAGAACGACCGAAAUAACUUGUAGUUUUAGUUUUUAAUUAGAGCGAAACAUACUUCCUUUUAUGUUUGAGGGUUAUGGCGGGGGGAAUGGAGGUAGUUUAACCCCAGAACGAGACAGAGACAGGAUUAUCCCUGAAGAACUAUGAAUGAACUGUCUUCGAAUGGGCAUCCUUUUCUUUGUGGUGCUGACUCAUGCUGGGGUAUGGCUCCACAAGUGCCUGUUGCUCUUCAGUGCUUCACCCAAGAUUGGGAUCACCUCAGAAGAACUAUGACUGAGCUGUCUUUAAAAGGUCUUCCACUUUCACAUGAUCCAGUGAUUGGAGAGCUGUUAGCUGAGAAACAGGCUGUGGACUUGAAGAAAGAAGAAAAACUAAGGAAGAAUAGAGAAGCCAUGAAAAAGCAUCGUGAAGAAGAGACUGCAGAACAGAGGGAAGAUAGACUGCGCAAAAACAGAGAAGCAAUGAGAGUCCGCCGUCAAAUGGAAUCCGAGGAGCAGCGAGAUGAUAGACUGCGUAAGAACCGUGAGGCCAUGAAACGGUUCCGUGAAAGAGAGUCUGAAGUGCAGAGGCGUGAACGAUUGCGCAAAAACAGGGAAUCCAUAAAGAAUCGGCGACAACAAGAAUCACAGGAGCAGAGAGAAGAGAGACUGCGAAAAAAUUGGGAAUCAACCAAAGUUCGUCGGCAGGAAGAAACUGAGGAAGAGCGAGAGCAAAGGUUACGUAGGAACUGGGAUGGAAUUAAAAGGCGCCGUGAACAGGAAACUGAUGAGCAGCGACAAAAACGGCUGCGUAAAAAUUGGGAAGGAAUCAAGAACCGGCGGCAGCAGAAAAACGAGAGUGAUAAAGAAGAUAUGUUGUGCAGAAUUUGGGAAGCAAUGAGACAGUUUACCCAGCAGGAAAUGCAAGAGGAUAGAGACAAACAGUGUCACUUGCUUUUUGACAGGGGACUCGUAGAAGGAGCACAGGAAGGGAAGGAUGAAAGGUUGCAGAACAGGGAGACACCAAGGUGCUGUUUCCAACAAGAAAUGGAGCAAAGAAAAUGAAGAGCGAGAGUAUUGAAAACUGUGCUCCAGUGCCAUGGUAUAUCCAGCACCUCUUAAAAUUGAAGUCUUUGACCAAUAAUGCUUUCCUGUUUUAGUUCUUGAACAUUUUAUUCCAUGGAACAUAUCAUGUCAUGCAGGUGGUGGAUAAAACCAUUUUAAUUCACGAUGGUCAGUGAUUCACUAAACUCAAAAAAAAAAUACCAUGCUGGUUAAGUAUGACAACAUGGUGGUCACUGCACACAUUAACACUGUAGGAACAAUAUAUAUUUUUCUUGGUCAGUUGCAAUUGACUAAUUCCUUUUCCAAAAAGGAAUGCAGGAAAUGUUUCAGUAUAUUGUACGUUACUGGUAAUUAUGUCCAUCAUAAACAAUGUGGUUCCUUUCCUUUAAAAUGCAAACGCGUUCACAAACAAGCCUUUGACGUUCUUGUGUAGACAUUGAUAAUAACAUGCAAAGGAAAUCAAAUACUCUGAUUAAGGACCAGAAGCCUUUGCUCUAAAAUAUUGGUGAUAAAAUUUAAUAAAUUGUCAGCCCUCUUACGAUUUUCAAAGUGACUCAUUUAAUUUGUAUGGAAUGGACUUGGAAGUUGUAACAAUGGCUAGCUAUGUUUCCCGCAAAUAGGCUGUACUGAAAGCUCUACAAUACUUGUUGCUAGCAGUUUUCUAUUGUAAGAUUUGUCUCUAAGUACGAAGUGUAUGGUUUACCUGUUUUAAUUUGGAGAGCCAUUAUCCCCAUUUUUUAAAAAAAAAUCACUGUAUUCACAAUGUCUUUUCAUCAGGUAAUAUUUCUUGUUCAGCUGAAAAAUCUGGUGAAUGCUGAAGUCCUCUCCCAAGUAUAAAUUUUCAGUUUCGUUUUCCAUGAAAGGAGAGGACAAACUGAUUUUGUUGGGAUUGUUUGUGGGGUGUGGAGGAAAUUCUACACAGUAUUUGCUCUUUUUUUGGGUAAAUAACAAUAGAGCUUUAAUUCCAUUUUUGACAAAUCACUUAAUUGUGUUCUGAAGUUUAUCAUUGAUUCACAUUAUAGUGCUCAUUGUAAGAAAAUAUUUGCCUGUUCCAUAAGUUCUAGUGACAUAUUACACUUGAGAUUAACAUACUGAGGGAAAAAAAAUCUUUAUACGAGCACCUAACAAUGUCCCAGAUGUGCUUCUCAAUCACAAAUGAUUUUUGAAAUGUUGCUGUAAUUAUGUAGAUAUAUGUGAAGUGAGUUUUUCGUCACAGAUUCUAUGAAGCACAAAUAAAUAACUAUCUAGGUUAAGUUGUUUAUAGUGGUGGUGGUUCAAGGAGAAAUAUUGUCUAGUAUAGCUAUUUCUUCAAAAUAUUUCGCAUCAUGAAGACCAAAGUGCAAGGGAGGGAGUAGUUGAGAGUCCAAAGUGGCAAUAGAGUCAGAGGUAGUAGGAAUUGCACAUGCUGGACAAUCUAAGAUAACAAGGUGGAGACUUGGAUGAACACAGCAGGAAAUUUUCUGAAGAAGGGUCUAGGCCGGAAAUGUUAGCUUUCCUCCUCCUCUGAUUCUUCUUGGCCUGCUGUGUUCAUCCAGCUCUACACCUUGUUAUCUCUGGCAAUAGAGUCACAUUGGCCUACAUUGCAGAAAAAGGUCCUUCGACCUACUGAUCCGCUCUGGCCAAAUCAAAACCGCGUAACUAUUCUCAUCCUAUUUUUCAUCAGUUGGUCCAUAACCUUGUAUGCCUUGGCAUCACAAGCGUAUGUGUAAAUACUACCAACAAGUUGAGUGUUUUACCUCCUCCACCCUUAUAAGAAGAGAUUUCCAGAUUCCCACCAUCUUCUGUGUGCAAAAAAAUUCUUCCUUUCAUCCCUUUUAAGCCUCCUGGCCCUUAUGUUAAAUCUAUGCUUCCUGAUCAUUGAUCCAGCUGUCAAAGUGUCUACCUUAUCUAUGCUCCUCAAUUUUAUGCAUUUGAAUCAUAUCCCACUUCUGUCUUCUCUGCUGUAAUGAAACAACCCCAGUCUAUCCAAUCUCUCUUCAUAACUGAACUCUCCAGUCCAGGCAAUGUCCUGAUAAAUCAUAUCCCUCCAGUGUUGUGAAUGCCCAACUCUACACAAUACUGUAGCCAUGAUCUAACCAACUCUUCUUACAGUUCCAGCAUGACCUCUCUGUUCUUAAACUCUAUUCCUCAGUUAAUGAUAGCAAGUAUCCCAUCUGCCUCCUUAACCAUUUUAGUUAACUGCCCUGCUACGCUAAGGGACUGGUGAGUACAUAAGCACCAAGAAGCAGAAGGACCUUGGUUUCUCAAGGUCCUAGUAUUUGUCUUGUGUUCCCUUGCCUUGUUUGUCUUGCCCAAGUGUAUAACCUUUAGGUUACCUGGAUUAAAGAUAACAAAGUGUGGGG